AAAAUGAUAAAAACUAUUUAGAUUCCAGCAUAUACUUUUUAGUUAACUAUCAACAUCCGAAGUAACUGCAAUAAGUUAAUCGAAAUUCGUGUGUGUACUCUAUAAAUAAAAAUAAAAAAUGAGUUUAAUUAUCAUAAUGCAUAUUUAUAGUAUGUUAUUAAUGGUUUUAACAAUGCCUCUGAUAAUAUCGAAGUCUAUACAAUAUAAAUUAAAACCAAUAGUGUCAACUUACGACUUCCCGAUUUCAAAUAACGCAAAACCAGCCUUCGGGGAUGUCCACAGCCCGAACGUUAAUCAACAAGUGAUCGUUCCGAUAGUAGAGGAAUUCUUCGAUUUUUCGACAGAAAAUGUCGAAGUCCAAGAGCCUUUUUACCAAGAACUAAUCCAAGAAACGUUGACUACCACAACUACUACAACUACCACAACUACUACAAUCCCGGAUACCAACGUGAAUGCAAAUACAACAACUAUGAUUACAACUGAAACUACCGAAAAAGAAAAUAAUUCGCUUAUAGACGCGUCCACGGAAUAUCCUACAACAAAAUUUAUCACCUCUACAGAGUUACCUGAAGAACGGAUAAGCACUUCAUACAACACCACCAUGUAUACCACGACCAAAAUACCAAUCGAUAUCGAAUGCGAUCACAAGCCGCUACUCUUCGCAUUGACCGCAUGCGUUGCCAUUAGCGUUAUAUUAGCUGUGUUGUUGGUGUAUAAAAACUUAGCAAGAAUCAAACAGAGUAAUGCUUUUAACCACUUAUGUGUUUUUCAACAAAAACGAGAAUCAUAUGCACUUUGAUUUUCUAAUGUAAUGGAUUUCUCCUCAAAGUAUUUAUUUUCCUGUUGUUUGGCUUAAUAUUCGGUUGUUAUUUUUUAUAGCAUUGGAUGUUGAUAACAUUGUUGUUGAAAAAAAUAAGAAAAGAAGAAUUGUUAAAAAGAAAUUGUUGCUGACAUAACAUUAUCUUUUUUUCUCUAGACCUAAAAUGUGUCCAGGCUUCUCAUUUAGUAGUGGACAUCAUUGUUAUGUAUAUGUUACAAUAUGUUACAAUAUGUAUAUAGUGUACAUAAAUUAGAGUUAAAAAUUUGUUGUGUUAUUAGUGAA